AUGUUGUGGAUGCCAUUCGUGGCGAAGGACCACCUUUGCAGCAGCGAGUACUUCUAUCGGCCGCUCGACCCAUCACUCCGGCGGAUGAGUAUUGGAGAAGCUCAAAUUCCAGAAGGCAACAUCUCGCGAAACCCAGCUGAUAUACCAGCAAGUUUUCGAGCCCUUUAA